AGGAACUUAGGGUUUGUUUGUAGGGUGUUGGUGUGAUCCUUGACAAUUGACAGUGAAGAAAGCAGAAUGAGUGGAACAGUGAAAGACGUGAAGUUGAAGGGUGAGAUUGAUGAGGUUGUGCGAAGUGGUUCACCGGUUAUCCUUCACUUCUGGGCUCCAUGGUGUGAAGCUUCUAAGCACAUGGACCAACUCGUCUCUCACUUGUCCACUGAUUUCCCUCUUGCUCAUUUCCUAAGGGUUUUUAUUGCUUUUCAUUCUCUUCUUUUCUUUUAUUAUUUCCUUUGCUCUAUUUUUUUAUUAGUUAAAUUUUGUAGGUUGAAGCUGAAGAGCAACCUGAGAUAUCCGAGGCUUAUUCUGUCUCUGCUGUUCCUUACUUUGUCUUCUGCAAGGUAUCGUUAUCCUAUGCCAAAGUGACUUAAUAAUAAUAAAUUAAUAUCAUUAUCUUUCUUGUUCAGCCAAUGUUUGGUUCGUUUUAAUGUGAUGCAAUGGAUGAUAAUCGUUCUGUUUUAGUGAUCAUUCUGGUUGAACACUAGUCAAUAGAGUAUAGUUUGUAGUUGAUGCUCUAGUUGAUGUUUUGUUCUGUUGCUGAGUUACAUGGUAUGGGGUUAGGGGGAGAGUUGUUACUUUGAAACCGCCUCUUCAAAAAUGACGAUGAGUUAGCCCAGAGUUCUAUUUCCUGAAGGUAUGUGUUUGACUUGAUGCUAGCUGAACAAUGGAGCCCGAUCAAUGCCCAAAAUGAAUGGUAUUUUCUGAGAAAGGAUGGCAAGACUGUUGAUACAUUGGAGGGAGCUGAUCCGUCAAGUUUAGCCAAUAAGGUUGCUAAAGUAGCUGGUUCAAUUAACCCUGGAGAAGCUGCUUCUCCUGCUAGCCUUGGGAUGGCUGCAGGACCUGCUGUUCUUGAAACAGUGAGAGAAUUGGCGAAAGAAAAUGAUUCUUCAAGGGAGAAAAGUCAAGUCCAACCGGGGCUUAGUGGUUCUCUGAAAAAGCGAUUGCAGCAGCUUGUUGACUCUCAUCCUGUCAUGCUUUUUAUGAAAGGAACUCCUGAAGAGCCAAAAUGUGGAUUUAGCAGAAAAGUUGUUGAUGUUUUAAAGGAAGAAAAAGUCAAAUUUGGAAGUUUUGAUGUCCUGUCAGAUUUAGACAUUCGUGAUGGUCUGAAGAAGUUUUCUAACUGGCCCACGUUUCCGCAGCUUUACUGCAAAGGAGAACUUCUUGGUGGCUGUGACAUAGCAAUUGCUAUGCAUGAGAGUGGGGAAUUGCGGGAGGUUUUUAAAGAUCAUGGAAUUGAUACCAUUGGUGUAGCAAAAGAAGCAGAAUCAGGAGAUGCCAAAGGUGGCAUAUCUAAAUCUACUGGUUUGAGUACAACAUUAACCUCUCGUCUUGAAAGCCUGAUAAAUUCAAGCCCAGUUAUGCUGUUUAUGAAGGGAAAACCUGAUGAACCAAAGUGUGGUUUCAGUAGGAAGGUAGUUGAAAUUCUCCGGCAAGAGAAUGUGCACUUCGAGAGUUUUGACAUUCUUACUGAUGAAGAAGUUCGUCAAGGGCUUAAGGUUUUUUCAAACUGGUCCAGUUAUCCCCAACUGUAUAUCAAGGGAGAGCUUAUUGGAGGAUCAGACGUUGUGUUGGAGAUGCAAAAAAGCGGAGAACUUAAGAAGAUUUUACAUGAGAAAGGGAUUCUUCCGCCGGAGACUCUUCAAGAUCGUCUGAAGAGAUUGAUUGCUUCUUCCCCUGUGAUGCUCUUCAUGAAGGGUACCCCAGAUGCACCAAGAUGUGGCUUUAGUUCCAAAGUUGCUAAUGCCCUUAGGGAGGAGGGUGUGAGUUUUGGGUCCUUUGAUAUAUUGAGUGAUGAGGAAGUGAGGCAGGGUUUGAAGGUGUUCUCAAACUGGCCUACUUAUCCUCAGCUCUACUACAAAAGUGAGCUGAUAGGUGGUUGCGAUAUUGUGCUGGAGCUGCGAAAUAAUGGGGAGCUGAAGUCGACUUUAUCUGAGUAGUACUUUAUUCCUUCAAAUAACGUGUUAUGUCUUAGAAGCCAUUUUGGUUGUGUAUUGGAACUUGGAACGAGUGUGAUUGGCAUUAUACAGAGGCGAUUUUGAUCCUUGUGUUAGGAGGAUGUUUGAGAACAUAUUAUUAUGAUCUAUCUUUUACAUAUUACCCUAUAAAGCCUACUUGAAUCAGCUCCCUUCCUGUUGUUAUGUAUUGCAUAUCAACUAUUGGAAUUUUUAUAUC